ACCCACACCGCAGACGAAUUUAGAAAAUAACUCGCGUUUUCUGCUAUUUCCUCUGACAUUUUGUCAAUGUUCGUACAAAUUAGAAAUAUAAAACAAAAUAUCCACCGUGGAAUUCUUCUCGUAAAACCAAAAUAGACUGUAAGUUCAUCAAAAGCCGGGCCAACAGUUGGCUUGGGAUAAGCGACAGUUCAUUCUGCACUUCCCAACCGUAUUGAUCGUGCAAAUAAAAUGGGUCAGUUUCAACCUGUCACUCAUGUCCUCUUUGAUAUGGAUGGCUUGCUGCUAGAUUCGGAAGAUAUUUACUCGCGGGCCAUCCAAGAGGUAUCCGACCGAUACGGAGGCAAGACCUUCACCUGGGAGCUCAAAGUUCGCCAAAUGGGACUGGUUUCGGCCGAUUUAGCUGCGUUAAUCGUCAAAGAACUAGAACUUCCCAUUACGGCUGACGAGUAUUUGGCCGAGGUGGGGCCGGUCAACGUUAGGCUAUUUCCAAGCGCCAACUUGAUGCCAGGUGCAGAACGUCUUCUACGCCAUUUGCAUUCGAAGGGCGUGCACAUUGCACUAGCUACAAGCAGCAGCCGCGAGAAUUACGAAUUAAAAACAACCCACCAUGGAAGUGUGUUUCAAUUGUUUCAACAUAUCGUAACUGGCAGCUCUGAUCCAGAAGUCAAACGUGGCAAACCUGCGCCUGAUAUUUUCUUGAUUUGCGCGUCUCGAUUUCCCGAGCCGGCCCCACACCCAUCAAGCUGUCUAGUAUUUGAGGAUGCUCCAAACGGAGUGAAAGCCGCACGAGCAGCCGGUAUGCAAGUAGUGAUGGUACCGGAUCCUCGUAUGGAUCCACUUUUGACUCAAGAAGCCACACUUGUGCUCAGAUCACUAGAAGACUUCAAACCGGAACUUUUUGGCCUGCCUGCCUAUGAUUAAAAAAAAAAUCAAAUGGGAUACUUAUAGGAAACAAAUUGUUUGGUGAAGUGCAAUGCUUUGAUGUUUCACAUGUCUCUUGUGGCUUUGUUUUUCUCCCUCGGCAACUGCCAAGGUUAUGUAAAGUAGCAUGGUUGUUCAAUCCUUUUAAGUUGAGAGCACAAAAUACACGUCUAUUGGAUCUCC